UCUCACUCCCGCGUGCGCGGCGCGCCUUGGCAGGGCCGGGUGUGUGUGUGGCUGUGGCAACCUUAUCCGCACCACCCCCCUCCCUCCCCCACUCCCGCUCCACGCACGUCAUCCAUCCAUCCGCAAUGUUCUCCACGUCCCCGUUCCCGCUACCAGUAGCUCUCCUCAUCGUGCUCGUGUUGCUCGCCCUCUCCCUCCCCUCCUCAGCCGCCUCGAGCUCCCUGCUGUUCUGCAAAUGCACGUGCUUCACCAACAGCACCAUCAUCCCGCUGCCCGCGACGGGCAACUGCAACGACUGCAAUCGCCAGUUCUGCAUCGACUAUAACCUGCCCAUAUGCAAGACGGCCAAGGAGGCGGAUGUGGUUACGACCUGCUUUCAGCGCGACUCCCUCAAAGAUCAGGUCGUCGUCUGCGUCUUCAUCUUUGCUACCGUGGGACUGCUGGCAUGGGCCGUCAUUAGGCCGUGCGCGAACAGGUGGGUCGAGCAGGCGAGGCGAGGCAUGAGGGGGUAUCAAGGUGUUCCUGCGGCGGAGAGGUAGCGGAAGGGGGAAAGAUAUGUAAUGCAGAGUGCAAGAUACCUGGCGCGGUUGCUUUUGAUGAUACGGUAGUCACGCAAAACGUCCAGUACGUGUUGAUAUAAGAAGAAAAGGGCCUGGUGCUUGCUUGCGGUCUCCGCUCCGCUGGAGAUCUGGUCGUCGGGACUGACUUUAUGUCUAUGUCUGUGUACCACUGGAGGUAUCGCGUGUUGACGGAUAAAUCGCGAAUCCAACCGUGUCACUGUCUAGAACUACUGCCAAUGUGUACUGAGCUUCUGACGCCGUACCUACACCAUCUCGGGAUCAUGGGGUGGUUGAGUGGCAAUGAUAUCGCAUCGUCCAUUCCACGUUCAACGACCGCCUUGAACCUUCCAACCAGUGUCGUGAGAAGACAAUCCG